ACUACUGCAGUCCUAGUGAUAUCGAAACACUCCCAGUUCAACGCCACGCCCUGCUGAUUACUGAAGUAGCAUCAUGCCGGCCCCAGGCCCUCGUACACAAGCAAGAUCUCCAUGGAACUCAGUAGUGUCCGGCUGGAUCUCCACCACUGAACAGCGGGAAGAUGCGUGGAAAUUCUGCGCAAGUGCCGUCGAGCGCCAUUACGAAGAGCGCCUGAAACGGUGGAACGCUGAACUUGAUAUGCUCCUUGUCUUCGCAGGACUUUUCUCGACAGCUUUGACGGCUUUCAUCGUCCAAUCCUACCCUCUCCUACAACCGGACAACACCGACACUGUAGUGUUAGCCCUAGCCCAGAUAUCGAAUCAGUUGCAAGGCCUUUCGGUCUCCCCUCCAGUCGUCAACUCUACUCAGCGCUCAGUAUUCUCGCCUGAGGGCGUCCCCUUCAAGGCACCUGACUACGCUAUCUGGGUAAAUGGCCUCUGGUUCUCGUCGCUGAUAUGCACUCUGGCCGCAUCCUCCGUUGCUGUCCUUGUCAAGCAAUGGUUACACCAGUAUAGCCAGAGCUUGUCGGGCAUGUCUCCCGACAUCGCCCGUCUCAGGCAGUACCGCUACGACAGCUUGAACAGAUGGCAGGUGCCAGAGAUCAUCGCCGCGCUACCCAUACUCCUACAGCUCGCUCUGGCGCUCUUCCUCGCCGGGUUAAUCGUCCUCCUGUGGAACCUACACCCGUCCGUCGCUAUCUCGGCUACAGUUCUCAGCAGCAUCGUGGCAAUCUUUAUCAUCGUGACGACUCUUCUGCCGAUCUUCUAUAACGACUGCUGCUACCAGUCGCCGCAAGCCCUCGUAUUCUUCUUCCUUGCUCAAGGCCUUGUACAUUCCGCAUUGAAGAUCGUUCGGGCCAUUGAGCGGCGGGCUCAAGAGGCUGCGCUCGAAGUGACCUCCAGAACCUCCCGCAAGUACGUCGUGCUCGCACACACGCGCGACGCGGCUCGCGUCGUUCUGAAGCGCCUCGGUGCAUGGGGCAGCUUCCGCACCUGGCACGCGCGCGAGAAGCCGAACGUAGAGGAGCGACACGCCGAACUGGAACAAUCGCUCGCGCUUACCGCCUACUACGUCACGCUCAAUGACUCUAUGAUUACCACGGCAAUCAUCCCAUGUCUUGCCGGAAUGGACGCACUGUCUGCGCGCAUGUCGGUCCGUUACGGGAACCUGGUGCGCGACGUCACCGCUGGGUUGCCCAGGGGAGAAUGGAGGGCGUGGAGACCUUUGAUGCCCUUCGUCCUCACCGUCUUCUCGCUAAUCACAAGGGAUCCGAGCAAGGGUGUAGUCAAGAAGGUACUGCAGGUCAUGCCGCGAAGUGGCGCGCAGUCGUCGGCGAGGACAAAGUUGGGAAUGCUUUACUUGCUCGCCAUGUCACAGCUGGUCUCUCGCCGCAUUGCUGCAAGGGUUGCAUUCCACAACAUGCUGGUAUACUUGCAGAGCGGUCGUAUCGAUAUUGAGCGCAGUGCAGAACCGGGAGCGACUGUGCUUGAUGAUGUCGAAGCUGUCUUCCCGACGACGGAUGCGGAACUGGAAGAGCUCGUCAACUUUGACAAGCUCGAGUCCGUCAGCUACUACCUCACGGGGAUCGAGUAUAUCAUCAAAUAUCUCUUGAAACACCGCGUCAAGCUCGAACAAGAUGGUUCACCCGUUCCUGAUCGCAUCCUUGCGCUAGUAGAUCGCUUCCGUCUCUUGUUACGCUCUCCGGUGUGGACAACCCAGAGGUCUCGUCAAGGAGUCGUCCUGCAGGCUCUCCGCUACUCUCAACUCCUUCCGCUUAUGAAGCAACUGAAGCACGAGAAGCACAUUCCGGAGAUAUCUGGAGAUGAGAUGCUGCACGAUCUGAAGGAGGCCUUCGGCGUCCUUGAGUGUCUCAGGGCCUCAAAUGUCGAUAUAGAGCAAAUGGCGAACCAAGACGCUCGGUUAGCGCUUUCACUAAUUCAGAAGUCGCUUGACGACUUCGAACGGGAACUGCGAGGAGGGGCCCGGGGUUCGGAUUCAGGCACAGAGCCAUCAUCCACAUCUGAGCUUCGCUCGAACAUUGUUAAAGUUUCGGAGCAGACGACUGUUAAAGACAAACAGACUACGAAGACCUCCACGGAAAGUUCAGGAACUCAAGUCGAUUUGCCAGACAUUGCAGUUACGUCACCGAGUAAUGACUCUACCUGGAAUGAAGAACCAUCCAGAACGAUGGAGCCUUGGCUGGAUUCCCUCUUGGAUACUAUUGAUCCCGAAUUAUCGUUCUUCGAGGAAGACCAGGCUUCAACAGCUUGUAUGGUCGAUGAGUUCCCAGACACACCUUUGGCCGACCCCAAUAUUUCGCUUUGGCUCUCUCAGACGGCACCAAUCCCCCAAACCAGACGGCAUGAUAGCAGGCCCGAUAGCUUGACCGCCACCGGACAGCACAUUUUCAGGCUGCGCGCCGCUAGUCGGUAUCUUGCCUUACCCAGUCCCAAGCCGUAUCCAGGGAUCCUUCCUCCUGAGCCUCCUCGGUCCUCUCCGACGAGUGCGGUCCCAACUACGGAAGUGGACAUAGGAGACUAG